AUGCUCUCCACGCCCUUUUGCUCGCAUAUUAUUCAUUACGACCCCCCAAGGGGAUUUAUUGUGCCUAAGUUCUCCACCUACGAUGGGUCCAGCGACCCCUUCGACCAUAUCAUGCAUUACCGACAACUCAUGACUCUCAAUAUAGGCAACGACGUGCUACUAUGCAAAGUAUUCCCCGCCAACCUACAAGGACAGGCUCUCUCAUGGUUUCACCGCCUACCCCCUAACUCUGUUGAUAAUUUCAAAGACCUGUCGGAAGCCUUUGUGGGACAAUACUUAUGCUCUGCGCGACAUAAACAGAACAUCAGCACUCUGCAAAACAUAAAAAUGCAGGAGAACGAGUCAUUGAGGGAGUUCGUGAAGCGGUUUGGUCAGGCUGUGUUACAAGUAGAGGCUUACAGCAUGGAUGUUGUCCUGCAAAUCUUCAAGCAAAGUAUCUGUCCAGGCACCCCAUUCUUCGAAUCGAUCGCUAAGAAGCCUCCUACGUCGAUGGACGACUUGUUCCGGCGCGCGAGCAAAUACUCAAUGCUCGAAGAUGACGUCCGAGCAGCCACCCAACAAACCUUGGUUGCCGGACAAGCAUUCAGAAGUGGUACGGAAAGAAGUGCCAAACCCCCUGACCGGCUAAGGCCGUUCGAUCGAAGGCAGGGGGAACAGAGCCGUCCGGAACGACCGCCCCUCACACCCCUCUCCAUAUCCUAG